AUGCAAACAAGCUAUAGUUCUGAUUUUAAGAAUUUAGCUAAAGCUGAUAACCAACCAGUAGCCCUACGAAGUCUGCAAGAAAUUUUUAAAUAUGAAAAAACUCUAACUAAAUCUUUUUUAAUUAAAAACUUAAGACUUCUUAGAAAAUAUAAAUUAAGACUAAAUCUUAAUAAAUAUAAAUUUGAAGAAAAACUUUUAUAUAAAUUGAAAAAUUUUAUAGUAAAAUAUUAUAAUAAGAAAGUUGAAUUUAAUAUUGUAAAUAUUAGAUCGGUGGUAUUUCAUAGUGAUUUUUUCACUAAUAUUUUACUAUCUAAAUUAAAAAAUAGAAGAGCUAAUAUAUUAAGAACGAUGGAUACUAUUUUAAAUAAGGUAGUUUUACCUAAAGUAAAUAGAAUAAUAGAAAAAAGUUUUCAUAUAAAAGGUAUAGAUUUUAAAUUAUUAGAAAAUAAAUAUCUAAAUACUAAAAUAAGUUAUAUACUUAGAGGGGGCAAGCUCGAUAAGAAUUUAUCUAAAUUCUUAAAUAAGUUAUUUUAUAACGUUAUGAGUGCCGCUGCCACAGCAGCAGCUUCACACCAGUGCCUUAAUAAAGAUUAUUUAAAAAUAUAUGAAAUAAUUUUUAAUUCUAUAAAUUAUAAAAAUAUGGGCGGUGUAAGAUUAGAAGCUAAAGGUAGAUUAACUAAACGAUAUAGAGCAGAUAGAUCUCAAUUUAAAGUAAGGUGGAAAGGAGGUUUGAAAAACAUUGAUUCUUCAUAUAAAGGAUUAUCAUCUAUAAAUAUGAGAGGUUUUGUUAAACCUAAUAUUGAUUAUUCAAUACUAGCAUAUAAACGUCGGAUUGGUGCUUUUGCAGUAAAAGGUUGAGUGUCAGGUAAAUCUUAG